AUGGCAGCGACUACGGGAGAACAAAAGUUCAAGGUUGCACUGAUACAGACAUGUCCCAAGGUUCUUGAUGCGGAAUACAACUUUGCGCACGCCUCAGGGCAGAUCCGCCGGGCAGCAACACAGGGGGCAUCACUGGCUGUCCUGCCCGAGUAUCACUUGACUGGAUGGGCGCCGGAUGAGCCGUCAUUCGCACUGAGCGGAGAGGAUGCCUCUCGCUACCAGCAGCGAUACCGGCGAUUGGCGGCAGAACUGCACAUCAACAUCUGCGCGGGCACCAUCGUCUCACACGCGCCGGAGAGCCAGAAGAACAGCACAAACGACGCAGUUUCAAAGAAACCAACUCUUCUCAACACGUCCUACUUCAUCGACCACGAUGGCCAGCUGCUUGGCGCGUACACCAAGACCAACCUCUGGAUCCCCGAACGGGACCACCUGACUUCGAGCAUCGACUACGCCCACAAGAUGAGCGUCGACGAGGGCACGCCCGCCGCCACCGGGCCUCAUCAGGUCUUCGACACCCCCCUCGGCCCCGUCGGCAUCCUGGUCUGCUGGGACCUCGCAUUCCCCGAGGCAUUCCGACAACUCGUCCUCGCGGGGGCCAAGAUCAUCAUCAUGCCCUCGUACUGGACCCUGUCGGACAUGAGCAAGGAAGGACUGGCAUACAACGCCAACUGCGAGCGGAUGUUUGUGGAGAACACGCUCACCACGCGCGCGUUCGAGAACACCGCCGCCCUCAUCUACUGCAAUGCGACCGGGCCGGCAGAGCAAGGCUUCUUUGGAUGCAGUCAGGUAGCCUUACCCAUCGUGGGCAAGGUUCCCGGGAGCUUUGACGACGGCGAGGAGGGGAUGCGUCUGGUAGACGUCGACAUGCGGGUGGUCGAGAUUGCGGAGAGGAACUACCAGAUCAGAAAGGAUUUGAAGCGGGUUGAUUGGCAUUAUGGGUAUUCAAAAGGGGCCAAAUUGUGA